UGUUGCACCUCGGAGAUGGAGGACAAGUUAAGCCAGCAGAGCAAACUGGAGUUUGAAAACUUAGUGGAGGAGACAAGUCACUUUGUACGCACCACUUUUGUAUCCCGGCACAAGAAGUUUGACGAAUUUUUCCGAGAACUUCUGGAGAAUGCAGAAAAAUCCCUAAAUGACAUGUUUGUACGGACAUAUGGGAUGCUGUACAUGCAGAACUCAGAAGUGUUCCAGGAUCUCUUCACAGAACUGAAACGAUAUUAUACGGGAGGCAAUGUGAACUUGGAGGAAAUGCUAAAUGAUUUCUGGGCUCGGCUACUGGAGCGGAUGUUCCAGCUCAUAAACCCUCAGUAUCAUUUCACUGAGGACUACUUGGAGUGUGUGAGCAAGUACACAGACCAGCUGAAACCAUUUGGAGAUGUCCCAAGGAAGCUGAAGGUUCAAGUGACUAGAGCUUUCAUUGCUGCACGGACCUUUGUUCAGGGGCUGACUGUAGGCAGAGAGGUUGCAAACAGAGUAUCCAAGGUCAGUCCCACCCCAGGGUGCAUCCGGGCACUAAUGAAGAUGUUGUACUGCCCUUACUGCAGAGGACUUCCCACUGUGAAACCUUGCAACAACUAUUGCCUCAAUGUAAUGAAGGGCUGCCUAGCAAAUCAGGCUGAUUUGGAUACUGAGUGGAAUCUGUUCAUAGAUGCCAUGCUUCUGGUAGCCGAGAGAUUAGAAGGGCCAUUCAACAUUGAAUCAGUCAUGGAUCCUAUUGAUGUCAAGAUUUCUGAAGCCAUCAUGAACAUGCAAGAAAACAGCAUGCAGGUGUCAGCAAAGGUUUUCCAGGGAUGUGGCCAGCCUAAACCAGCACCCGCACUGAGAUCUUCUCGUUCUGUCCCUGACAACUUCAAUACCCGUUUCAGACCUUACAAUCCAGAGGAGCGACCUACAACUGCUGCUGGCACAAGUUUGGAUAGGCUGAGGACUAUCUGGAGGACAAUGCAACACGGU